AUGCCGACCGAGGACAGCGCUAAGAGGCCGAGGCUCAUGGACACCCGAGCCGCCGAGCCGCCGCGCUCCAACGACAGAAUCAUCGACCAGACGUUGGGCGACGACGCCGAGCAUCCGAUGCGCGAGCUCUUCGAGCGGUGGGGCCUGCCCGACCGGUUCGUGCGGGGGGUGUCGCCCUCGUGGCGGUGCAAGCUCGUCCCGCUGGCGCGCACCGAGGACGAGAUGCGGGAUUACGCGGUGCGAGGGGUGCCCGCGCUCGCGUCGCCGGAGUACGCGCGGGGCGUGUUCGACGCGAUGGGCGGCGGCGGCGGUGACGGCGAUGCCGCGACCGCCGACGCCGUAUCGUGGGCGUGCGACUCCCCGUGGAGCUCCUUCCCACGGCCCAAGGUGGCGAUGGUCGGCGGGUGGGGCGCUCCGGGCUCGCACCUCCUCAGCGACAGGUACAUGCGCAUGGUCGGGUCCUUCGCCGAGGUUGUCGACGGCGACGAGCCAUUGAAUCUGCAGAUGUUUCACCGCGACGACACCACCGUGCCCGUGCUGCCCGAGCACCUGCGAUGGCCCUUACCCGAGUUUUUCGACACCCGGAGUCCAGCCGAUGGAGGACCCGCGAGCGUUUCGUCCGCGGAGGAGACGGGCGAGGGUAACAACCACGCGAUCGACGCCGAGGGUAACAAGACGGCGCUCCCGGCGCAGGGCGCGCUUCACAGGCCCGGCGGGGUGGGCGUGCCGCUCGACAUGGCCACGCGGCUCAGCGCCGCGGGGGCGCUCACCUGGUGGCACCUCGACGACUGCGGCGAAUUCGUGUUUCAGGUGGGGCUUCCGGUGCGCAGGGACGCCCCGUCGCGGCGAGGCGCUAACCCUUUUCGCCGCCGCGACGGGAGCGAGCUGCUGGGUCCCACCGGUCGGCCGGUGUGCAAGCUCUUCGUGUUCGCGGCUCGGGAGGAUUACGAGUGGAUCGCGCAGGACGGCGUGAUGAACCAGACGAUGAAGCAGACCGCGCUGGAUCUGUUCGACACCCCGACGCACUGCCUGCCCCACCGACGCGAGAUGUGCGGCGAUCCGGCGCGGACGCCCCUGGGACCGGGCGCGAAGUUUGACGAUUCUGGACGCUCCUCCGGAUCCCCUCGGAUGGAUGCGGUUCCUCCUCCCGCGAAGCUGCCCACGUUCUGGGUGGCGCCCCUGGAGUGCGGCGGGUGCCCACUCCUGUCCCCUCCCAACUGGAUACACUGCGUGGUCACCGUGAGGGACUGCGUCAUGGUCGAGGAGCGGCGGCUGUCGCUCGCGUUCCUGGACGAGGUUGCGUACUUUCAGCGAAGAGCGUCCCGGUGGUGCGAGCCCCCGGUGCAGUACAGGUUCAUCAGGGAGGACCUCAACGACGUCGCGUCGUGCAGGGCGCACGUGGUGUCGCCCCUGCUGAAGAUGCUCGCGGCUGAGGACGCCGGCGUCGCGACGCGGUGUCGCGCGAGGAGUUCGCUGCGAACGCUCGUCGACGACUCCGGCGCCGGGCUGGACGCGUCCGGGCUGGACCAAGAUGGACGCGACGAGAUCCGAGCCGCGCUGGACGCCUUCGAGGCGUUUCUCGCGACGGACGCCGGCGAGGCGUGUAGGGCGUUCAUCGCGAGGGACGCGCGGGAGAACGGCGUAGGGUUGGGCGGGUUGGUGUCGGCGAUGUCGAGGGAGGGCCAAGGUAACGUUCACGCGCUCGGAGCUUUUCGUUCCAGUCUCGACGGCGGCCCGUUCGCCGCCGUGGUUCACGAGAGGGGUCGACCGAGGUGGGGGCCGGUGCGGGGGACCCGAGAGGAGGCCGCGGACGAUAGGAAAACGAUGCGGCGCGCGGUGAAGGAGGGUUCGCUCGACGCGUUGCUCCGGGGAUGGCGCGGGCACCUCUGCGGCGACGAAGGAAAGGCGCGUGAGUAA